UCGUGCUGCGACCGUCUAACCGUGAGCCUCGCGAGUGUCAAAUUUCGGUUCAUCGGGAUCACGAGUGCAAUCAAGUGUAACAAAUUCAAUCUGACAUUGAGUGGAGAAAAAAAGAAAUCUGUGAAAGUCAUGUCAUCACAAUAAUUCAAUUGAAUUUUCCCGCCAUUUCGGAGAGGGGGUGGACGACUGUCUCGUGAUUGGACAGAGUGGCUUUCGCACCAUUAGUUGGUUGUUUAUCGUUUAACAGGUGUAAUCACACCGUCACCGAUAAUUGGACUGUUUAGUUACUCGAAUUUUCCCUCUGUCCCGUGGGAAAGGAAAAUUGUGAGGGCAUUUUCUGGUGUCAUCGCGUGAUUAAUUCAUUAGGGGUAGAUUUUAUUAUCAUGACGAUGAUUUCCUGAAGUGCAACGGUGAGCAUUGAUAAUGACUGACAGAUGGACAGUGGUGUUACGAGUUAUGUAGUUCAGUUUAUUGUCUUUAAGACUGAUUGUAAUUUAAGGGAUUGAUAGGAGAGAAAGUGAUCGAUUGUAUUUGUAAAUUUUGGGUGGGUUAGGGGGUCGGUUCUGGGAAUUUAUCGCGUGUUAGUGGUAAACACAAACACGAUGGAGACCAACGAGAAUUGGCCGGGUCGGAAGGUAAUCGAGGCAACAGUGCCCAAAAAAUUUCGAAAAGAGGCUAAUCGAAUGGAUGUUAGUGGACUUAAUUGGGCAAUGCUGUUUCUGUGUGUGGGGAGUCUUGGGAUUUCGGGAAUACUUGCUUAUCGUGAAUUGCAAUUAGAAGCGAGGAUACAGAGUCUCGAGGCGCGCUGCGAUCAUCAGGAAACGUCGGAGGUCAUCAUUAAGAGGCUUCGACGUGAAGUGCAGGAGGCAUUCCUUGGACAAAAGAUUCCGUAUCCGGAGUCACCCAUGUUCAGGAUUAAGAGGGAUGUCGGCGAUUGCAACUGUCCACCCGGACCACCCGGUGAGCCAGGACCUCCUGGGAAAAGAGGGAAAAAGGGAAGGAAGGGUGACUCUGGGGAGCCCGGUGCACAGGGUGUAGCGGGGACCGCGGGCAAGAAUGGUUUUCCGGGGCCGAUUGGUUUGGAUGGACCCAAAGGAGAUCCGGGUCGACCCGGUGACAAAGGACAGAAAGGCGAGCUUGGAAGUCCAGGCUUUGAUGUCUUCUCGGCUGUAAAGGUAUCUACCAUAAACAAUGGGGACUCUAUCAGAAAAAAAAUACUACUAUUCGGAAGAACGUAUCAUACGGGAUUGGGGUUAAAGAGAUCGGUGACAACACUGCGCGGUGGAACGCUUGGCUACGCCGAAAUCGUCGCCCUAAAGGGCCUCCAGGAACGUGGCCAUAAUAUCUCAGCGCAGACCAUCAUCCAGCUUAAAGGAGAGCCAGGAGAACCAGGACCUCCUGGACCCCCUGGAGUCCAAGGUGUAGAGGGAAUAGCUGGACAAGACGGUAGACAAGGAAUCCCUGGAGAAGUUGGGCCUGCAGGAGAGAAGGGUGAUGCCGGACCUAUCGGACCAGAAGGACCCGUCGGCCCACCGGGGCCAGCAGGACUCAAAGGAGCAACGGGGCGAGUCGGUAUCAGAGGCUUUCCAGGACGACGUGGUGACAAAGGCGACAAGGGUGAGAGAGGCUUCACGACAUCGCUGGACGGAAAACAGAUUCCUCUUGGGACUUUCGAGGGACCACCAGGUCCCCCAGGACCUCCCGGACCUCAGGGAGAAAAGGGAGAGUUAGGUCCCACUGGUCCACCCGGACCGGUCGGCGAGAAGGGCACACGGGGUAAACACGGCAAGAAGGGUAUCAAUGGAGAAUGCCGUUGUACGAGAGCCGCGAUUGGCCAGCGAUUGGCCGGUCCAAAGGGUGAGCCCGGGGAGAGAGGCGCCAUGGGCUUUGAGGGUCCACCAGGACCUAAAGGAGACUAUGGACCGCAAGGAUUACCAGGAGUUGACGGAGUUAAUGGAGAGCAUGGCAUACAGGGUCCGCCAGGACAGCCGGGACUGUCAGGACCUAAAGGGGAGAAAGGAGAGUACGGUGACAUCGGACCUCCAGGGCUCAUGGGCCCUCCUGGGUUACCAGGUCCUCCGGGAGCGCCGGGUCUCAGGGGAGAAAAAGGAGAGAAGGGAGAAUCGAAGUACAAAAAGUUGAGAAGAAGACAGGGGGAUGGAACGUUUGAAGUCAAUGCCGGUGAAGUGAUAAUGGGACCUCCAGGUCCUCCAGGACCACCUGGCUCAGCCGGCUUACAAGGGCCACCGGGUAUUAAGGGGGAUAGAGGACAUGAUGGUGCCAAAGGCGAACCUGGUGAGAAAGGCAGUAAGGGAGACCCCGGUCCAAUGGGACUGCCUGGGCCAAUGGGCCUCAGAGGAGAGUCUGGUCGGCCGGGUGACUCUGGUAAACCCGGUGCCUCGCAGGUUGGCCCGUGGUGAUCCGCUAACAACUAACACGGGGAUAGGUAUCUUCUACACCAACAACAACAGCCCACAACAUUGAAAUGGGAUAACCGACAAUAACCUAUCUAACAAGUGCACGAUUAUUAGUCAACCAAAAGAGUUAUUGCACUAAACAUAAACAGAGAAUUGUACUUACACCCUUAACGGCCCUCGCCGAUAAAAAUCGAGAGCCCUAGAUCGUAAUCAAAAUAAUUGGAAAUUCGAUCAUCAUCAUCAGCCCCUCCUUACCACCAAAUAAGAUGAGAUAUUAACGGUCUUGUGACUAGCCACAAGGCUUUGACCCCCAACAAUUGUAACAUCGACUACCCCUCAAAAGAAAAUCAUAUUAUGUAAAAAAAUAAUAAGCGCCAUCCCACCGUGGACGCGUGCAUAUAAAUAUAUAUUUAUAUAUAUUUUGUCACUGGAUUAAGACGCAGUAUCGUGCAGUUAACGGUGCAUAAAAUUUGAACGUUAUCCUAAACGUCAUUAAGUACUGAUAAUUGAACAUACUGUAAUUCAUAUUUGCCAACAGACUUUCAUACCAAAAAAUAAAUGAAAAACUUAAAAAAAAAAGAUACUUAAGAGGUCCUCAUAUGAAAUGUGGGCUCUGCGGUGCUGAUAAGAGGUGACACGCUGCCGAUAAACUUUAACGAAAGAACAAAGAAAAAAAUAUUUAACAACAAAAGCUCACUUUCUAACUUUAUUCCUAUAUGUCUGUGUAUCUAUCUCUUCUCGUUCUACUUGUAUUCUAUCAAAUGAAAAAUACAUUAUUUCGAUGAAAUCGUGUAUUAGACGUGUGUGUCGCUAAACGACACACCGGAGACGAUGAAUAAAGCGAAGUGAUGUGAUCUGAUGGUCAAUGACACCAAUGUAUGUCAAAAAAAUAUGUAUAAUGUAUACCUCCAUUUUCAAUUCUUUUGACUCGACGAGAAACUAUCAACUAUAUGUCCUUUCUGAGAUUAAGAGCGAGUGUAUUAUAUUAUAUGAUAAAGAGAAGGUGAGGGGAUUGAAGAAAAGGUAAACUUCAUGUAAUUUCUGCGCAGAGAGAAAAGUUGGAUGAAAAUUGCCGAGAAAAUCGUGGCUAAUUUUACUGCACAAUGGGUAGCCGCGGAGUGGAAUAAAAUUCAAUAAAAAAAUACCUGCUUGUGAAGCUUAUAUUACGAUUCGUUCGGUAAAGGAAGAAAACAUACGUUCACGAAUGCGAAAAUUAUCCUCCUGUAUAGCAGGCUCCCGUUGUAGUCACAUUUCCCAUUAUAUUCAUUUUUCCCCGCUCAGCGGAUUUCCCUACACCCAUACCCACACCCCCUGAAGAACCAAUUCCAACAUUAUUUUCGAGAUGAAAUUGUCUGAAUUAAAAAAACAACAACGAAAAAAAAAUAGCAAACCAUGAAUUUUUCAUCAUGAAAUUCAGUCGUAUCCAAACCGUCAUGGAGGGGGAUUCUAGUUGUUUCUGGUUGUGAGAUAGGGUGAGUUAGAUAAUAAAACAAGAUAAAAAUUUUUAGAAACUGCAAAUUGGGGUUAAUAACGUAAAACACACAAAUGCAUAAUUCACGAUAUCGUCUCGUUCUUUUUCCCCUACGCAACGUACAAAACUACUGAAAAUCGAGGUCGCUCUAUGAUCACUUGACUUGUACGAUAAUUUAUCUCCAACUUUUUUCUCAGUGUAAUCGCAUUUGUCCCGUUCGUGGUGGCAAAUCCAUUAGACGAUAAUUAACCGAGAUAUAUCGAGUGUUAAUAAUUGUCUGAUGUAUGAUGAGAAUAAAUCCAACGACGAAUGUGACGAGUCAACAUCCAGGGAGAAAUAAAAUGCCCAGCAUCUCCACAUUGUAAAUAAAACAUAUGCAGCCUAGAGAGAAAAACCGUCUAGAUUGCAGGGCUAUUUAGAUAGAUAUGAAAUGAAACAUUUUUUUUUAUUCGAUUGAAUUGAAUAGUAUAAAUUGAAGGGAGUUAAGAGGGAUAUUCAAUAAAAUUUGUAGUACCUCCUGAGGACUGCUGACUCGAUGUUCGAGCGUUUGGAAAAUUGAGCGCAAUCAAGAAAUCUAUUCAUCGAGAUAUUCACGGUUUUUUUUUUCUUCUAGAGUUAUAACGUUGAUUGAGAAAAUAAAAUGGGAAGUAUAAAUAAAAGAUACAUUGAUUGUAUAACUGCGUAUGCGCGAUGGAAAAUGAUGGGGGAAAUAUGGCCUACGAAUCGCUUCUAUUGUCAUUCAGUACUCAACAAGUUGUAAUUGCUAGUUAUUCGAUAUAGGAGACUCCAGUGAGAUUGUAUGUAAAAUUGAUUGAAAGUGAAAUUCACAAACUUGCAUGAUUGAUUGAAUUUGUAUUAUGAGUAUGAGAGGAGUGUUUUUUUAUUGUCAUUUUUUAUGGUUGUUUAUGCAGAAUUUUAUGAAGGGUGAUUCAUUCGUACGAUUUGAUUUAUACGUUUUCUUUCAAAUGCAUUUGGCUCACGCCAUUUAAUUCAACAAUUAUUCCAAUGCAUCACACAGUAAAAAAUAUUGGGGGUCAAAUUGAUAUCACCCACAAGACUUGACCCAGCGUAACUGAUAUUAAUUGUUCGCCAAAUUCAGUGACUCAUUAGAGUCAAAUUAUUGCAAACAUUGCUAUCGUUAAUUUGGAUGAAAUCACGUGGGUUAAAUCAUAUGAAUGAAAUCGUAUGAAACCGAUAGAAAUGACUAUCUCCUCAUAAAUCCUGGCCUCAGACAAACCAACAAUUGAUGCCUCAACGAGACAUAUAAUUUACCUUCAAUUUUCCCUCCCCAAUUGUUCAUCAUUUUUUAUUGUAAUUAUAAUUAUCAAGGAAUGAACAAAAAAUAAGACUUACGCUGGCGUACUCGGUGAGGCUAAAAUUAUGAAUCAGCAAGUAUGUGCGCGACUCUGAUUGCAAUUAUGUUAGUUGUACUUUUAUAUAUAAAAUAGACCUAGAUUGAAACCGUUUUAGUAUUAAGAUUUUUUGGCAAAAGAAAACAUUUGUUUGAGAUAAAAGACGAAGAGAGACAAGGACAUUAACACAUUAAACACGCACACGUACUUCAAUACAAAUAGGAGACACACACCGUGAAAUUUAUUGACGUGAGAGAAUACUAGAGAUUAAUGUAAUCAGAAUUACGUUUAUGUCUCCUCCUUCAGAGUGUAAAAAAAAGGUGAAUGCGAGGAAAAAAAUGUUUGGUAACUAAUGUUAAAUCCAAAAGAAUCUAAUGGAGGAGUCUCUGAUGUCUAUUGAUCAUUAAUAUUAAGCGUAACAUGACAUUUGUUAAUCGACGAAGACAUUUCCAUUACAAAUACGAAGAUGAUGAUAAUCCAUUGUCAAGUUAUGAAAUUUACUAACAGCCACGGAAAUCUGAUGAAUUUUGAUGAAUUGUUUCAUAAUGUCCUGAUUAAUAAACAGAAUGUGCAUGUG